AAUAAGAUACUGAUACUGAGUUUCUUCAGGCGUUCAAAGAGAAAACAGAAACUGAUUCAUAUGACAGUGUCGAGCUCGAGCGCUCAUCUUCCCGCACGCUGGAUUAGAAGUUCGAUCGCAGUUGGAGCGACUUUCCUAAGGUUUUCCAAAGAGGAAUGCCGUUCCGAUUGUCUUGGUGUUUAGACGGUAAAUAAGCCGUCUUUCUCCCGGUAUGGCGGAGGCACGCGCCGAGGAGGACGAGGAUCGUUUGCGCGAGCCCGGCGGCGCGAGACGGAGAGCAGAACAUUCAGACAGAAACAAACCCGAUCAGCGCCACUCCAGCCAGGGGCCGCUUUCCUCCAUCAGAGCCGUCAUCAAACGCACAUCAGCGAGAACGAGCUCUCAGAGUGACCCUCAGCGAGACCGCAGGCGUCCAGAAAUCACCAUCCUCUCUGCUGAACCGCUGCCAUCCAAUACAUGGUUCCCAGGGGCUUCUGGGACGUUUCCUCCAGCCCCGCCCCCGGCCCCGCCCACAUGGGCUGCAAGCUCGGCGACAGUGCAGCUCCCGCCUCCUUCCUAUGAGCAGGUGAUCCAAGAAAAGAGCCGUGAGCAGAAUCUUCACUCCUCCUCUUCAUCAUCUCCGCUUCCAUCUUCUCGUCACUCCACCUCCACCAUCGCCACGCAGACGGACACAAACUCCCCCGGCCCACAAUCCUCUGCUGCUCGUCCAGUUCGUAGGCCCUCCAAACCCCCACGGCCCUCACUGCCUCUCAAACUUACAACUGAAGUGGACUGGUUUAAUCCCAAAACACAGCCUCGAGUGGCUCUUCGCGAACAGUGUGGUGUCCAGACGGACUUCGAUAACGUCGAUGACAUCAUCGAUGACAUCAUCGAUGACAUCUCUCCCAUAGGCCCCGCCCCCCCUGCCAUCACUUCCCCACAGAUCAACCUCGAUUCCCCAGGAGACCGGAUGAAAGAGGAGCCCAGCAUUCGUCCCAGACCUCGGCCGCGCUCCAGAGUCACCCUACAACCCAGCGAGGACGUCCUGGACCAGCCGAUGACGAGGGAGGUGAAAGUUCAGACUCUGGUGCGUCUGAAGGACGAUGGGGCUGAGAAUGUGUUCGCCGGGUUUGACGACGCUCCGCCGGACAUCUCCAGCAAAUACCUGCAAGACCUGCUGGAGGUGUUUGGUUCGGACGAAACACACGUGGAGCAUGGAGAAAGUCAACAAAGCGAUCCAAGCACUACAGAAAAAGAGGAAAAUCUGGCCGUUUUCGAUGCUCCAUGCACCGUUAUAACACCUGAACCAGUAGAACCGUUAAAAAGACCACAACCGCGACCUAGAACUCAAAAAUCCAAACCCCAGCUCACCCCGAAACCAUCUGUCUUUGAGGUUUUUGACUCCAGAGAACCUACCACUGAGCAAAACCCCUCCAAACCUCUGAGUCCACCAGUACCAGCACCUAGACCCCUUCUGAACAAACUCCAGAGUCCAUCAGAGACCAGAUCCGCCAAACCAUCGCCGGUCGCCCGUCCUGACAGCGCUCCUCCCGGGCAGCAGGUGGCAGCGGUGGCCUCCACUCCAUCCAACAGAAGAAAUUCAGAUGAUCGAACUACAAACACUUCAGUGAAGACAUCGCCGGUGAUAGCUGCUGACAGGAACGCUGGAAAACGCCCGUCAGUCCCCAAACUCUCCCGUCCACCUCCACCUGUGCUCAAAAAGACACCGCCCACCCCACAGGCAACGGUGGAUGUUUUCAGAGCUCCUGACGCCUCCAUUCCUUCUCUCCCUCCAAGACCCAGUGGAGGCAAACUCCUCCCACUCCGCCCUCCUCCAAUUAAAGUGACCAAACUUCCAGGCUCCGCCUCCUCCCCUGCUGUGACCAAUCAGCUGCCAGGCAGCAGGGUGCCAAAGAGAGUCCCGCCCCUCCCACCCCGCCCCAAACCAGGACAUCCUCUCUAUAAACGCUAUUCUAGCAAAGUUCUUCAAGGAGAUGCAGAGCUGGAGAAUACCAGCAAAGAGCAAGAGGAGCCACCCGUGGAAACACCUCUGCAUGAAGAAGAGCACCUGAUUGUCCUGGGUGAUAAAGAUGUCCCACAAACACCAUCAAACACACUCCACGACCUCUGCUCGUCAGGAGAGGUCAAAGGUCAAGAUGUGACUGUCAGUGAGCUUCUGCUGGACAAAGAGCCCUUGGAGCAGCAGAUCCAUCAAAACACACAGAACAGGUGCUUCGUGGCCCGUUUUGCAUUCGAGGGGGAGGAGGGGGAGCUGUCCUUCACAGAGGGCGAUGUCAUCGCUCUAGUGGAAUAUGUAAAUGAGGAGUGGGGGCGUGGCCUCUUGAACGGACAGACGGGAAUCUUCCCACUCAGCUUCAUCCAGGCUAUAGAGGAAACCGAAGCAUUGCUACUGAAACCAGCCAUGGACUGUCCUGCGCCCCCCACAGGAGCGAGAGGACGAGCACUUUAUGAUUUCACUCCUGAGUGUGAGGACGAGCUCUGUCUGAAGGCAGGAGAUGUGGUGUGUGGUUUGGAGGACAUGGAUGCUGAGUGGUUCCUCGGAGAAUCCGGUGGGAAACGUGGCAUCAUUCCCAAAAACUACAUCCAAGUGCUGGACCCCUGAACACACGGGCCGUCCUGUUACAUGCCUGACGAGGGUUUCUGCAUUUGCCUUAAUUAGAUGUAAUAGAGUUAAACGAGGUUAGUGAGGGGAUUUCCUGUACUGUACUGACAUGUGUGUGUCCAGAUGAACUUGUUUAGUUUUAACCCACAUUAAACUGAUCAGUUAUUAA